UCCGUUUUUCAUCUCCCUUCCUUUUCCUUGCAGCGCUCUCUCUCUCUCACCUUCCUGUCUCUGUUUUAAUUUUCCUUGCCGAGAAGAUGGCUCUGGAGCUCUACCUGGACUUGGUCUCGCAGCCCUGCCGCGCCGUCUAUAUCUUCGCCAAAAAGAACAACAUCGCCUUCGACUUCAAGCGCGUUGAGCUCAUGCAAGGUGAUGAAGGGCAGCACAAGGCAGAGAAGUUCCUGAAGGAGGUGAACCCGGCAGGGAAAGUGCCGGCCAUGAAGGACGCGGACUUCGCCUUGUCCGAGAGCAUCGCCAUCCUCCUCUAUCUGGCCAGGAAAUUCAAGACCGCUGACCACUGGUACCCUUCUGACCUGCAGACUCGGGCCAGAGUGGACGAGUACCUGGCCUGGCAGCACACGGGCGUCCGGAUGACCGCCAGCAAGGUCUUCCUCGCCAAGGCGCUGAUCCCCGUCUUCCUGGGACACCCGCUUCCCCCCGAAAAGCUGGAGGCGGCCGCAAAGGACCUGGACGAGACCCUGGCGCUUUUUGAGGCGAAGUUCCUCCAGGACCGGCCCUUCAUCGCUGGACGCCAGGCCUCCCUGGCGGACUUGGUGGCCAUUGUGGAACUAAUGCAGCCCGUUGCCGCUGGACACAACAUUUUUGAAUCCCGCCCCAAGAUGGCCGCCUGGCGCUCGCGGGUGGAGGACGCCGUCGGGAAGGAGCUCUUCCAGGAGGCCCACAAAGCCCUCCUGAGCGCCAAGGACCUGAGUGCGGAUCUGCUUCCGCCAGAGAUGAAGGAGAAGCUGAAGGAAACCAUACUCAAAUACAUCAACUGAGGAAACGGAGGCUAUUGCGCCGAUCGCAACACGGAUCGUCAUGCGACGAAGAAUCUUUGCGUGUGGGGUGUUGCUGUUAAUUUGGGUUUAAUUAGUCUUCAUUUAACAAGAGUCCUUGUGGACACUCAGCUUGGAUUGGCAGAAUUGUUUAAUACAAGAUUUCUCCCGGUUAUUAAAUGCCUGAAAACCCA